CAUACUAUAUAGAUAUAUACCAAUCUUCUACCUUCAAACUACAGAAAAAGAAAAAAAAAAAAAAAUCUUCCCUUCAAGUUUCAGAUUUUCCAAUUUUAUAUCUCAAAAGCUUUGAAAAUGAGUCAUCAUACUGCAGCAAAAUUAUCCAGGUCGAUUAUAUCUCAACUUGGUACUCGCGGCUUCUCAGUAAACAUUUCUGAAACCACCCAAACCUUUGCCAGACUGAGGCCUGCGUUCGCGAUUCGGAAUUUGAGUACUUCAGUUUCCCCCAAUGGCUCGCCAAAGGACGAGAAGAAUAACUCUAUCAGCUCUGAUAAGCAGAAUGAUAAGAUCAUUCCUAGCUAUUGGGGCGUGGCACCCGCUAAGCUGACUAAAGAAGACGGUUCAGCCUGGAAAUGGAACUGCUUCAGGCCCUGGGAGACCUACACGGCAGACGUCUCCAUUGAUGAAACAAGGCACCAUAAACCAGAAAACUUCAGGGAUAAAUUUGCUUAUUGGACUGUCCAGGCUCUCAAAUACCCGACUCAUUUAUUCUUUCAGAGGCGCCACAUGUGUCACGCAAUGUUACUAGAGACAGUGGCGGCAGUUCCUGGAAUGGUUGGAGGGAUGCUUUUGCAUUGCAAAUCGCUGAGGCGAUUCGAACACAGCGGAGGAUGGAUAAAAGCUCUACUCGAAGAAGCCGAAAACGAGCGAAUGCAUUUGAUGACAUUCAUAGACUUAGCGAAGCCUGCGUGGUAUGAACGUGCCCUUGUUUUUGCAGUCCAGGGAGUGUUUUUCAAUGCAUAUUUUCUGGCGUAUUUAGCUUCUCCAAAGCUCGCUCACCGCAUAGUGGGCUACUUGGAAGAAGAAGCAGUUAUAUCUUACAGUGAAUUCCUCAAGGAUUUGGACAAUGGUAGCUUUGAAAAUGUCCCCGCUCCUGCAAUCGCCAUUGAUUAUUGGCGUUUGCCUCCGGAUUCAACUCUCCGAGAUGUUGUUGUGGUCAUCAGAGCCGAUGAGGCUCAUCACCGCGACCUUAACCACUAUGCAUCGGAUAUUCAAUGUCAAGGACAUGAGCUCAAGGACGCACCAGCUCCGAUUGGAUAUCAUUAAAUUGAUCCAAAUGCUCAAGGACUAUUUAUCAUGUAAAAAUUCUUAUGUUAUGAAUGAAGUUUUGUGUUUUAAUUAA